GAUUGGAUCAAAAACCAUGUGCCUACAUAUUGGGACUCAUUUUUAUCCUUAUUCAUAGAAAGAAUUCUAUCAAUUUCUAUUUGGAAGUGAGUACAAACAUCCGUUUGCACCGAUAUCACUAUUGAAACACAACCUUCCUCAUUUUCCACAAAACCCAAUAGGUUUGCUUUAAUUAAAUCUGAUUGUUAAAAAUUUGCUUUAAUUAAUCUUUUCCACCCACCUAAACAUGAAAUUAUUGGACUUGAAAGUUUGCUUUAAUUAAUCUGCUUGAGUUAAAAGUCCUUCCUAUAUGGCAUAAUUCAAUGUGAUUCUGCAUUUUGUCAAUUUAAUCACCCCUAGCCCUUCUAGAUUUCAAGUGGCUGACACACUCUACAUCUGGUCCAAAAAUACUAGGCUCUAAAGCAACACUAGUACAAACCUUUCUCCAAAUGAAGAUGCCUCCUUCCAAGUACUCUGUAGUUUCUCCUGUUUUCUUCUCCCUCUUUAGCUUCCUAUUCUUCCCAACAGAAUCAUCUCCAAUCUACAGUUCUCAUUGCUGCACAGACUCCAUCAAGUACCAACCAAACAGCACCUUCCAAACCAACCUCAACCUCCUCCUCUCUUCCCUCUCUUCCAACGCCACCGGAGGCAGCCGUUUCCACAGAGCAGUAAUCGGCAGCGAAACCUCCAACAUCGUCAAAGGUCUCUUCCUCUGCCGCGGUGACACACUCGCGGCCGCCUGCCACGACUGCGUCACCGCGGCAUCCAGAGACCUUAAACGCCGCUGCCCGGUUCAAAAAGAGGCCAUAAUCUGGUACGACGAGUGCAUGGUUCGCUACUCCAAUCAAUCUUUCCUCAACAACAUAGUUCCCGGAGUAGACCUCUCUGAUACGAAGAGCGUGGCUCCCGGAGAACUCAACCGCUUCAACGAACUCCUCGCUGGGCUGCUGAAUGCUCUGGCGACGAAGGCUGCGAAUUCUGUUGAUGAGAAGUUUGCAACAGGGGAAGUGAACUUCACGCGCUCCGUGACGCUCUAUGGAUUGGUGCAGUGUACGCCGGAGUUGUCGUUGUUUGAUUGUAACAUGUGCUUCAGAAGCGCCAUUGCUUCUGUUCCGAAUUGCUGUGAUGGGAAACAAGGAGCCAGGGUUUUGCUUCCUGGUUGCAAUAUCAGAUAUGACAUCUACCCAUUUUACAGUAGCAGCAAUAAUUCACUGACACCACCGGUUCCUGUUGUUCAAUCUCGCACUUCAGGACGGACUCGUGUUGAAGUGAUCCUUGCAUUUGUAAUACCUAUUGUUGCUGCCAUGGUGCUUUUCACUUUUGGCAUUUGUUCUGUCAUGAGAAAGCAAGCGAGAAGUAUGAUAUUGUUAUGGAGGAAAACGGAUGUUUCUGAGAUAUAGAUGAUGAGACUGAUGCAUGCUGGAAACAUUCAAGAAUCAAGUAUCAGGAUAAUUCACUUAAUGCUGAAGACCAAGCUAUGAAGACUUGUUUCUUUUUAGUAUGCUUAAUUUGGAAGUGCUUAAUGCGAGCAAAACUACUUGGAAGCGUUGGAAAGACUUCUGGUGCAUCCCUCUUUGAUUUGUUUCGUUUAGAGAGAUCCUACAAUCUCAGGAAAGAGGAUAUAGUAGUUGCUACGAGCGUACAGAAUGAUUUCAAAUAAAAAUGAAACAUCCUGUUAAAAAAAAAAGGUACAGGAAAUAGAAAAAAAUAUAUAUAUAUACAUAUAUAUUUAAUAAAGCAAAAACUUAUAAUAAUAAUAGUUAAAAAAAAAAAAAACAAUCUAACCUAACCCCAUAACCCACGCAGCCCCACACCCACAAUUGCUGAAACCGUAAAAAAAAAAGCAAUUCUUUUCUCUCUCUGUGCUCGUUGCUUUCUUUCUUCUCCUGUGCGCAGCUUUGGUUCUUUUCUCUUCUCUUCAAUUUUCUUUCUUCUUCAAAGGAAACAAAAUACUACACAAUACCCCCACCAUCAAAUAGACGUUGGUGAAGAGAAAUUAUCUUGCAAGUGGAAAAGAUGUUGGGCAUGGUUUUGGGAGAUAGGGUUUGUGCUAAAGAAUGAGAAGAGUACCCACCGCUUCACGAUUACUCAGUCGGGUUAUUGAGAUCUGCCGGUUAGUGGUUCGUUUGGUUGUCGCGCAGUUGUGGAGAGCAAUCGUGUUGGUUCUUCGUAACUAUUUUCAGGCAGCUUAGUAGCAGACUGUUGUCAGAUUCAGAUCAUUCGACUUAUUUCCUUUAGCAGGUUGUCAUAGUGGUGUCUUUUAUUUAAUCCUGGUUAUCUGCAGCUAUAGGGAGUCCUAGGUGGAUUUAGAUUUGGGAUUGUGAUUUAUUGUUAUAUUUUAAGAGUUGGCACUUGAGUGCUCGAGUUGGUUUUAUAUUUCACUUAAAAUACUGGUUAUGGAAGAACUUAUUGGCAGAUGUUGUUAAUUUGUAACUAUUGGAAUUACAAAAGAGAUUCUAGUGUUUUUAUAUAUGUGUACAAAGAUAUUUUGAAUAAAUUGUUUGGGAAAUGAUUCUAUGA